GUCUCGUCACCUUCUCCAAAAAAUAAUUGCAUGGUUCUUCUUCUUUUCGUCUUUUCAUGUUUCGUCGUUUUACUCUUCUUAUUGAGCAAUUGUACUGGCUUUUGAUUCACAAUGACGGCGGCUAUAUCAUCACCACGUCGUGAUGUCUUCCUCUUCAGUCACCCACGGACGGCGUCCAAUCUGCUGUGCCAUCUGCUGUCUAACCAGCCGGGAUGGGUUGAGACAAAGUAUCACUUUGCGGGAGCCUUUGACCUCACGCGUGCCGGUCUCGAUAAUGGGCCCCUUGGUGCCCUGGACACUGAAAAGCGUAAGGAACUUGACGAGGCAAUGAGUAGCGGCAUGCAGGCGUUGGAGCACGACCAGCAGGCUGCCAUUGACAAUAAUCAUAACCACCUCGUCAAGAACCAUGUAGCGCAUGUCUGGCAGCGGCCGCUGCUCUGGCAGAGCAUCUACCCCGACAACAACGACAACUACGUCCGCGACGACCCCUCUACACACGACAUCAACCCGACCGUUUUCGCAGACGACUUCUUCAAGACAUGGCAGCCGAUUGUCUUGAUUCGCCAUCCAGCUCUUGUCUUUGAAAGCUGGUACCGAGCCGAGAUCCGCGUCCGACCGAUCAACGUCGCCGAUAAAUCUUGGCGGCUAUAUACCACACUGUGCUACCUACGCCAGCUAUACGACUGGCUCUCGGCAAGGGCAUACAACAACCAGUCCUUGGCACCGGUUAUUAUGGACGCGGACGACAUCCUGGCAAAUGGACCUGCGGUACAGAAGCUGUGCGAGCUGUGUGGCAUGGAUCCGAGUCUCGUCUGCUCCGAGUGGGGGACGCUCAACACGGGCAAGAUUUUGUCCAGCCGUCACGAGAGCUAUAUGUCGGGCUUCUGGAAUUCCAAGGGAAUUGACAAGUCCAAGACUGCAGAGGGUCUGGAUCUACAGAGUAAAUAUACGGCCUGGGAUGAGGAGUUUGGCGCGGAAGUCUCUGCGCAGAUGAAAGUCUGGGUGGAAGAGGCGCUGCUGGAUUACGAGUUCUUGAAGGGAAAGCGACUACAGUAGUCUCAACGAACACAAAAUUAUAAUUAUAUAGAUAUUUUGAUUUAAAAUAAUAAGGUGUUUAACUUUUACUAGUAAUAUAUCGCCUCGUAUAGUAUGCUAUGAUUUUGUUAUAGUCUAAGCCUGUUUGCCCCAAGCAUUUCGUAAUCAGGCAUCGCCUCUCGGACUAGCUGUUCGAUUCUCAUGGCAGCAGCCUUGCCAAACUCUGCCGUCCACUUUUCAACCUGUGUGCUAAUGUCGACAUUAUCUGACGUCUUGUCCUUCAUAAUCUUGCCAGAUCCCAGUAAGGUAUCGAGGUAGCGCUUCGUCGCCGUGUCCAUCUGUGACAGCUCGGCUUUUGUUGCUGGGGUCCACGAAAAUGCCAGUUUUGUGGGAUCCAGCCCCAACAUCUCAGCGUACUCUUGGACUAGUGCAGGACUGUUUAUAACAUCGUCCGCGUCCAGCACAACCGGCCACUCGACGUUGUCUUGUUCGUAUGGCCACGGAUGCUGCAUUUUGCUAGUCUGCUUGUACCAAAUGUAUAGCAUCCGCGUCCACCGUAGCGUCAUGCAAUGCUGUCCAAGUACUUUUAGCUCGUCGUCGUCAUCAUCGCGGCCCUCAAGCUCUAGAAGAGCUCGAUAUAAUGACGGGAAUGCAAGAGCUGGAUGUCGGAUAAGAAAGGUGGGCUUCCAAGUAAGGAGGAAUUCGUCUGGGAACAAUGUCGGGUUUAUGCAGUGUGAUGGUGAUUCGGCUUCUUCAUAUGGCUGAGGAAUUUGUAGCUUCCAAGAUUCCCUAUCGGCUGGGAUAUCGUCUGUUUCUCCAAAGACGUGGCCACUGAGUGAUGCUGGGUCGACUAGGAAGUGCACAUGUUCCUUGAUAUAUACGGAGCAGUCUGCAGCCGAUGCAGCGCCGAUAGUUGCCUGGAACUCAUCAAAGCAAUCUUGAUAUGCGUUUUUGACUCGAGUUGUUUCAGUAGCUGUCCAGCUUUCGACCUUUUUCUUCCUCAGUCCCAUAUCGGUGAUGAGCUUCACCACCGGCAGGAAGAUGUAGCCACCACGAUCAUCCCCCGUGGUAACAUUUGGCUGAUUUUUCAAAUCCAAGAUUCGAAUCAACAAAUUUGAAGCCGUUCGGGGGUAUGUAAUAAGAUAGUAUCGCUGUGGCGUGUGGGACCUCAUGGUAGUGGUUGUCUGAUUUGGAUCUCUGGUGUAAGACGAAGCAUACCUCGCCGACGACCCGACGCCAUCUUGUUAAAGGACCCAGCACUCGAUAUGCCGUGACCAGGGAUCCAAGCAAUACAUCAAAAUUUUUCUCCUGCCGGUCAGCCUGGGCCAUGUUGGCACUGUGGGACAUGCAUCGUGUUGAUGAGGGCCGCCAUUCCGAUGCGGCAACUUGCCAACCGUCCAGUAGUCUUAUAGAUAGACCAAUCGCUCUGCUCCGUUGCGACUCGCGGUGGAGUUGGCCCUUCAAUGCUACGCCGCGCGGGUGCAUGAGAGUGAAUGUAAGCGCUAUGAGCAUCCCCGAUCUGGAUAUCGUUGCGAAUAUGGAACAUGCAGCUAGUACAGGUGCGCAAAUUUUUCUCUUACCAGCCUAUCCCAAGAGCCUCUGUGGCAUGGGGUCUUAUUCAACCGGCUUAGCCAACUGAGACAGCGUCGCAUCUACCAAUAGUAGGUGCAGACAGGCUCUGUAUGUCUCUUGGAGAGGUACAUGGAGCACAGUGUGUCUCCGCACAGUCUUAGUUGCUUGCCUGUGAAGAGUAAACUAGAUAUAAGUGAUCAGUUAAACAGGACGGGCUGCCUACUGCUACUGAAGAACACAUAGCUUAGUUUGAGUUGAUUGCUUAAGUUGAGACAAUGGCACACAUAUCGAGACACCACCGCCAGUAAUAACUCUGCAAAUAAGAGGGGAAUAAUAUAAUGUAACGAUGAAAAAGAAACAGUUUCUUCAAAAAAAAAAAAUUCAUUCCCUUAUCCAAUGUAUAGUGGCUCCAGUUGCUU